AUUUCCGUCAAUGGACUUCGAGAAUUGGUAGCGUAUAUUGAUAGCCUCACGUUUAAUGCAGUCUAUGGAAGUCAUUACUACAUCAUACCCAAGAGAUUGAGUCAGGAUAUUGUGGAAUCAUUUUUCUCGUUGCAAAGGCAAUCUUGUGGUGGUUCAAGCAAUAUGACUGCCUAUGCAUACGGGUACAAUGUAAACAGUGCCAUAUCAUAUCAAGCAGCCAAAUCUAUUGCCAAAAAGCAAACAAAUGUAUUUCAGGCUGAUGCAGGUGAAUUAUGUAAGGUAGAUCAGGCAAAUAACCUUCCGAGAAGAGUUAAUGUUGACAGCAUUUUUUCUCAAAACAUGUGGGCUAUUCAAAUUUGA